UCAGAUGAUAGGACUUCCGAAACGCCAAAGCCCAAGAGGAAGACACAAGCGGAGCUCGAUGCAGAGCUUAUGGAAAAACUGCAAGGGCUUGACAGCGAAGGAGGUGCAGCUGGCGUUGAAUACGAAGAUGGAAAGCCUGCCUCUAUGAAGAGAAGUGUGCGAAACAACAUGUUCAGAUACAUAUGA